ACAAAAUGUUAUCCUUUUCAAAGUAAGGUUAUUAAAAUGAUAACAACAUUUUCUUCAGGAUUUUGUAAAAACAAGCAAACAAUAUGUUUAGAAAAGUUGCAUUGGGUAUUUCUGGAGGAGUUGAUAGUGCAGUCGCCGCGCUACUACUAAAACGGGCGGGGUACAAAGUAGAAGGCGUAUUCAUGAGAAACUGGGACAAUAAUUACGAAGCUGGUUUCUGCUCAGAUGAAAGAGAUUUUGAAGAUGCAACAUAUGUCUGUCGUAAGCUAGAAAUCCCAUUGCAUAGAGUCUACUUCAUUAAAGAAUAUUGGAAUGAAGUAUUCACUGUAUUACUCAAGGAGUACGAGAAUGGACUGACACCAAACCCGGAUAUAUUAUGCAACAGAUAUGUUAAGUUUGAUAGCUUUUUUGAACAUUGCAGGAAAAACUUAGGUGUUGAUGCCAUAGCCACUGGGCAUUAUGCUAACACGUCGUUUGGACCAUUCUUAGAAAAAUACAAUGAGAAUGAAGGGGUCAGAUUACUUCAGCCUGCAGAUAAGUUUAAAGAUCAAACAUUUUUCCUAUCUCAAGUGAAGCAAUUUUCUUUAAGAAGAUGUAUGUUUCCUUUAGCAAAUCUUUUAAAAACCAAAGUUAGAGAAAUAGCAAAAAGUGAAUGUUUAUCAAAUGUAGCUACUAAGAGAGAUAGUACUGGAAUAUGUUUCAUUGGAAAAAGGAGAUUUCAGGAUUUUAUUGAAGAAUAUAUCCAGACAAAAAAAGGUCAUUUUAUAGACAUAGACACUGGGCGAGUGGUGGGAGAACACAGUGGACUGCACAAGUGGACAGUUGGCCAAAGAUGCUGCUUGUCUAAUUGGAAACAUGCUUAUUUCAUAUUCAAGAAAGACUUGCAAACAAAUAAUAUUUAUGUUGUAGCAGGCACGAAACAUCCAGCCAUUUGGAAUAACCUUUGUUUCACCAGCUCUCCUCACUGGAUACACAGUGAACCUCCAGAAUUAAGCGAAAAUAAUAUACUCAGAUGUUACUUCAGGUUCCAACACACUAAACCUCUAGUGCCUUGUAAAAUAGUCAACAAUUCUGAAGGCCUCACUAUUAUGCUGGACCAAAAUCUAAGAGCGCUUACUGAGGGCCAAUAUGGUGUUAUGUACAAAGAUGGUGAAUGUUUAGGUAGUGCUAAAAUAAAAGACGUCUGUCAAAAUUUAACUUACGAAUUAUAUACCUGAUUUAAAAA